AUGAUUAGUGACAAAAGUCUUACGUCAAAUUUAAUAACGGAUAGGAAGAGACGAUAUCAACAUUCAAAGAAAGCAGAAGGAGGUUCGUCCAGUUCAGAUUCACUAUGUUCGAGUGAAAAUUCCAACAAGAGAAGAUCAUCAGCUUCCGAAACUAAUAUUGGUGAGAUUAUUUUGGAUGGAGUUUCGAAUGAGAGAACAACUCCAAGGUCUCUUGUUGACCCUCUCCCACCACCAUCAACAACAACAGCUCUAGUCCAAUCUGAAAUAUCAUCACAAGCUGGUGAAAGUUUUAAUGAGGAUUUAUUAACUUGUUAUGACGAAAGUGGAUCUGAAAUAGAUGAAGAGGAUGAAGAGUGGAAUGAUUAUGAUUCUAUACCCAUGUCUGAUUCACAAGCCAACUUGGUGGACGAUGAUUCACAGGAAGCUCAGAAAAAAAAGAAUGCUGUCAAGGUUCCUAAAAUCAAUUUACAACAAACAACUAGGAUGGAUCGAUUUGAUUCAACAUCAUUUGUUACAGAUAGAUUUACGGAAACUUCCCGAACAGAUGAACAGAAAACAAGUAGAGCAAGUAGAGGAAACUCUCUAGAGUUUAGGAAACGAUUAAAUUCACUGCUGAAAAAGGAAAACAAAACAGACAUGUACAUGACAAACAUGCAGGAAUUGAUUGAAAAUUCACAGAACAAACUUGGAGAGGAAGUCAAUAGCUCUGAUAAAGAUUACGAGAUUAUGAAAAUUAUUAAUAGAGGAACUGAUCGUCUUAUUCACAAAAUCAGCUUGGAUGAAGAUGAUCAAGAAAUUAAAGACUUAGAAAGCGAGUACUCAACUGAUGAGGUUUAUAUAUUUAGAGAUAUUGGAGCUGAGUUUAAAGUAUUUUGCCCCUCUGUUUUCCAACAUUUAAGAAAAUUAUUCAAAGUUUCAGAAUUUGAUUUUAAAAAACAAAUGGGAUGUCAUACAGGAAAUUACUCCCGAGUGGGAACUCCAGGUAAAUCUGGUGCAUUUUUCUUUAUUACAAAAUCAACUGGAUAUCUGCUGAAAUCCGUAACUGAAGAAGAAUUAGCAACAGCUCUGGAAAUGCUACCAAACUAUCACAAACAUGUACAAAAGAAUCCCUAUACUCUACUCAGUAAUUUCUACUUACUUUUUGAAAUUACGCUGAAACAAACAAAGUACAGAUUUAUAGUAAUGAAUAAUGUCUUUUUCACACCACUGACGAUACAUAGAAAGUACGAUUUGAAAGGAAGUACUGCUGGAAGAGUGGCUAGUGAGAGUGAACGAAAGAAAAAAUCACCAAUUCUAAAAGAUAAGGAUAUCAAUCAGGGAGAUGUCAAACUUAACCUUACUCUAAAACAAAACUUUUAUAGAAGACUCGAAAAUGAUAUUAUAUUCCUGCAGGAGAAUGACAUUAUGGAUUACUCACUUCUCUUAGGUAUUCAUAAUCAUGAACAAAGGUCAUCCGAGGAAAAUAGAAUGGUUUCAAAGUUCAGAUUACCACAACCAGACGAUACAUCAUUUAGUGGAAGACAGAAAAAUUACUGCUCUUCUCUUGAUGGAAAGGAAAUUUAUUUUUUGGGAAUUAUUGAUAUUCUUCAAAGGUAUAACAGUAGAAAACAAGUUGAAAAGGUAGUGAAGAGUGGUAUGCAAUCACUCAAGGCAAAGAUUAGAAAUGUAACAAAGGAAAAGGUUUCAGUCGAAAAACCAUUUAAAUACGGACAAAGAUUUGAGAACUUUUUGAAAAUUCUCUGCUCAACAGUUUCUCUUAAAGAUUUCAAACCAGGUACACCAAAAUCAUACAAUCAAAGAAAGGAUAUUUCAGAAGAAUUUUAUCACAUACUCAUAAGAGAAUCGCCAAAGGAUUUCAAAGCAUUUUUCUUUAGAGGUCUUUUCUAUCAUAAUCCUAGAGUAGGUGAUAUGGUUAACGCUGUAUCAGAUUAUACCAAGAGUAUCAAGUUGAAUCCACAGUACAGCAAUGUUAGCUCGUACCUGUUUAGAUCUCUUCUAUAUUUAACAGCUGCCAACUCAAUACUGGAAAAGAGAGGAGACGAGAUCAGAUACGCCAAAUAUGCUAAUUUUGCGUUUAAAGAUUUAAUGAAAUUAAUAGAAAUGAACCAAUACUGUGCAGAUGCCUAUUUAUUGAGAGGAGUACUCUGGAUGUAUAAAUUCAAGUACCAUCUUUUAUUUGGAAAGUCAACACAAGAGGAAAAGAUUGGAACUGUGAAAGAAUCAGGAUUGGCACAAUUCUAUUACAAGAAAAAUUUUGCAGUAUUCUCAGGUAUUGAUAUAGCUUCGAUUACUGAUCUUUACACCUGUCUUGGAGAUGCCAAUUCUAAAGUAGCCAACAAUUUUGCAAUGAUAAGAAAUUUAGGAUCUAUCAGGAAAAUCAUUGAUGGAGUUAAAGAAAACGAGAGAGUGUUAUUCUAUCCAAGAAAUGGAAAGAUUUCAAUUAAUAUUCGUUCUGAAACUCUAGUUUUGAAUUAUAGACUUGGUAAUGAUAACAGUUCCAUAUCUACUGCCAAAUCAUCCAAGUCCAUUGAAGAUAGUGAAAAUGAGGUAGAAAAGGAAAAGCAAGAAUUUAUCAGAUCAAUUUUGGAAUAUGUCCAUCAUCAAGAUGAGCAAUUGUAUAAAUUGGCAGAACGAGACUUGCUCAAGUCUAUUCAAAUCAACCCAUCUCUGCAUGAUCCCUAUGGAUUCCAAAAGAUGUCCCAGCGUCUCGAUCUCGAAUAUUAUAAUGCCUACAUUCAAUUGGCAACGCUCUAUCUUGACCUAGAUAGACCAGAUGAUGCAGAGAAGAUUCUCUCAGAAUCUGUCAAGAAGGCAGAAAAGAAAUCUCAUGCGUCCUACUUUAUGAGAGGUAAUAUUUAUGCCUGUAAAUAUUUAGCUCUUGAUGAUAGGCCUGAAACAAAGGACAAAGCCAAAGAAUACCUAACACUUGCUAUUGAGGAUUACAACAAGUGCCUUUCUCUGGAUCCAAACUGUUACAAGGCAUGGUACAACAUGGCCUCCCUGUACAAGUCAGAAAAUCCAGAAAAGGCAGAAGAAUGCUACACUAAAUGUAUUGAAAUAUCAGAAGGAUUUUACUUUGCCAUUCACAGUAGAGCUCUCCUCUACAAGAAUGUUCUCUUACAAAAGGAGAAGGCAAUUAUUGAUUUCACUCAAUGCAUAACUCUCGAUCCACUCAACACAACAUGUUACAUAUUGAGAGCCAACACCUAUUUGGAUAUGAAUAAUCUUCAAUCAGCAGAAAUGGAUUUUAAACAAGCAAUUCAUGUGGAUCCAAACUGUUCAUCAGCUUACUAUGAAUUAGCCAAACUAAAUAUGAAUAAUGAAGAGAAAUUGAAUAAUAUAUCAUCCUUUACUCUGCAAGAUUCGGAAAUUGCCAAUGAUUUACUACUAUUAAAUUCUCUUUCAAAUAAUACCAAUGAGGAUGGUGAUGAAAAUAUAAUUGAAUUAAGUGAUGAGGAAAAUGAAAAUUCCGAAAAUAUUGAUGAUGGAGAGGAUGAAGUGUUGGAGGACGAAGAGGAAGAAUAUUUGGAGAGUGAAACUGAAUUGUUGAGAUCAUUAAUGACUGCAUGCCGAAUUGGAGAUGUAAAUGAGGUGAAGAGAUGUAUCAGUACGAAUAGAGUAGAUAUUAAUCAACAUGAUCCAAAGAGUAUUUAUGGAACACCAAUUAUGAGAGCUAUUUCAGAUGGACAUAUCGAGGUUGUCAAAGUUUUAUUAAAUGGAGGAGCAGAUAUUUCUAGAUUGGGUUGGGACAAAGAUGCUGUAAGUUUUUUCAAAUUGAAUGAAUUUUAA